GCGAUGACUAAGCCGAUCAAGGAUGGCCCCGCGCACCCCUCCCUCCGACUCAUUCUCUCCCCUCUCUUUUACUUCUUCUUUCUAUCGAGUCAAUUGUUUCUGUCUGUCAAGUUUGCUGUCUACUUGCUCAAGCCUAAUUGAACAUGUCUCAAUUCUACCUCGGUGUUAUUGGUGUCGGCGGCGUCGGCACCGCCUUCCUCCAGCAGCUCUCUCGCCUCCCCGAUGCCCCGAAGCUAAUCCUCCUGGCACGUUCCUCCCAAACCCUCCUCGCCCCCACCCCGACCUACCUCCCCGGCAUCGCCGCCGACUGGAAGACCGCCAGCGCGAACCCCGACCUGACCAAGUCCGGCGCCCUCUCCCCCGAAGAAAUCGCCAGCUACCUCUCCUCGGCUCCCGGCCGGGCCAUCCUGGUCGACAACACCAGCGACCCGGCCCUCGCCGCCUCGUACCCGGUCUUCCUCCGCGCCGGUAUCUCCAUCGUCACCCCCAACAAGAAGGGUUUCUCCUCCGACCUGUCCCUCUUCCGGAACAUCUUCGCCUCCGCGAUCAAGGGUAACGCUCACGUUUACCACGAGAGUACCGUUGGCGCCGGUCUGCCCGUCAUCUCUACGCUCCUGGACCUGGUGUCCACCGGAGACGAGGUCACCCGCAUUGAGGGUGUGUUUUCGGGAACGUUGUCGUUCUUGUUCAAUACCUUUGCGCCCGUCGGUGGAUCCGGGGCUGGUCGGAAGUGGAGUGAGGUUGUCGCUGAGGCCAAGGAGUUGGGAUACACGGAGCCGGAUCCCCGUGAUGAUUUGAAUGGUAUGGAUGUGGCUCGGAAGUUGACUAUCCUCGCCCGUCUGGUCGGACUGGAGGUGCAGUCGCCCGAUGCGUUCCCAGUGGAGUCGUUGAUUCCGAAGGAAUUGGAGGGACUGGAUUCGUCGGCCGAGGGCGCGAAGGCGUUCAUGGACCGGUUGGGUGAGUUUGAUGCCCAGAUGACGGAGAUCAAGGAGAGUGCCGAGAAGGAGGGCAAGGUGGUUCGGUACGUGGGUAGCAUCGAUGUGGCUUCGAAGGAGGUCCGCGUGGGAUUGCAGAAGUUCGAUAAGGAUAGUGCCAUUGCUGGCCUCAAGGGCAGUGAUAACAUUAUCAGCUUCUACACGAAGCGCUAUGGCAGCAACCCGCUUAUCAUCCAGGGUGCGGGUGCCGGUGGUGAUGUCACUGCUAUGGGUGUCACGGCGGAUUUGCUCAAGGUUAUGCACAGACUGCGGUAGAUCUGUUUGCCUAUGAACUCGAUAGAUGAGCGGGCAAAGCUCUAGAUCUAAAUCGGCAAAAGAAAAUAACGACUCAUACUCAUGCAGAUACAAAUUCCAAACAAACACCUAGGAUAGAUAGUAUUUAUACCAUCCACUUCUCUACCCAAGC